ACUGCCAGGAACUGCUGCCACCACUGCCAAGCCCCAUGGCCUACAUCCCUAGUGGGGGCGCCCCGGCCGCGGGGGCGGCGCCCAUGGGCUCCCAGUAUUGCGUGUGCAAGGUGGAGCUGUCAGUGAGUGGCCAGAACCUGCUGGACCGGGAUGUGACCUCCAAGUCUGACCCCUUCUGUGUCCUCUUUACAGAGAACGAUGGCAGGUGGAUUGAGUAUGACAGGACGGAAACCGCGGUCAACAACCUCAACCCCGCGUUCUCCAAGAAGUUUGUCCUUGACUACCACUUCGAGGAAGUGCAGAAGCUCAAGUUCGCCCUAUUCGACCAGGACAAGUCCAGCACACAGCUGGAAGAGCAUGAUUUCCUGGGCCAGUUCUCCUGCAGCCUGGGCACCAUCGUCUCCAGCAAGAAGAUCACUCGGCCUCUGCUGCUGAUGAAUGACAAGCCUGCAGGGAAGGGCUUGAUUACGAUCGCCGCCCAGGAGCUGUCGGACAACCAGGUCAUCACACUGAGUCUGGCGGGCAGGAAGCUGGACAAGAAGGACCUCUUCGGAAAGUCAGACCCAUUUCUUGAGUUUUAUAAACCAGGAGAUGAUGGCAAGUGGAUGCUGGUUCACAGGACUGAGGUGAUCAAGUACACGCUGGACCCUGUGUGGAAACCAUUUACUGUACCGUUGGUAUCCCUGUGUGAUGGGGACAUGGAGAAGGCCAUCCAGGUCAUGUGCUACGACUAUGACAACGACGGGGGCCAUGACUUCAUCGGCGAGUUCCAGACCUCGGUGUCGCGGAUGUGUGAGGCUCGUGAUGGCGUCCCGGUGGAGUUUGAGUGCAUCAACCCCAAGAAGCAAAGGAAGAAGAAGAACUAUAAAAACUCGGGCAUCAUUAUCCUGCGUUCCUGCAAGAUAAACCGGGACUACUCCUUCCUGGACUACAUCCUGGGAGGCUGCCAGCUCAUGUUCACUGUUGGGAUAGACUUCACAGCCUCCAACGGGAAUCCCCUUGACCCUUCCUCUUUGCACUAUAUCAACCCCAUGGGCACCAACGAGUAUCUGUCGGCCAUCUGGGCUGUCGGGCAGAUCAUUCAGGACUACGACAGUGAUAAGAUGUUUCCGGCUCUGGGCUUUGGGGCCCAGUUACCCCCAGACUGGAAGGUCUCCCAUGAGUUUGCCAUCAACUUCAACCCCACCAACCCCUUCUGCUCAGGUGUGGAUGGCAUCGCCCAGGCAUACUCGGCUUGCCUGCCCCAUAUCCGUUUCUAUGGUCCCACCAACUUCUCUCCCAUCGUCAACCACGUGGCGCGGUUUGCGGCCCAGGCCACAGAGCAGCAGACGGCCACGCAGUACUUCAUCCUCCUCAUCAUCACGGACGGCGUCAUCAGUGACAUGGAGGAGACGCGCCACGCCGUGGUGCAGGCUUCCAAGCUGCCCAUGUCCAUCAUCAUCGUGGGCGUGGGCAACGCUGACUUUGCCGCCAUGGAGUUCCUGGACGGGGACAGCCGCACGCUGCGCUCGCACACCGGGGAGGAGGCGGCCCGUGACAUCGUGCAGUUCGUGCCCUUCCGAGAGUUCCGCAACGCAGCGAAAGAGACCUUGGCCAAAGCUGUGUUGGCAGAACUGCCCCAACAAGUCGUGCAGUAUUUCAAGCAUAAAAACCUGCCCCCCACCCACUCGGAGCCUGCCUGAGCACCAGCCCAGGCCCAGCAGCAGCAUGCCGGCUGGGCCUCCCACCCUCCCAGGAACGUGCACGCUCACCCUGCUUCCUGGUGGGGCGGGGGGGCACCUUGUUUUUAACCCAUCCACGUUUUUAUUUUCUACAACCAGACCUCCACCCCCCCACCUUCCCCCAGCUCAGCUGGGCUUCCUUUGUUGGAGUCAACAGAUGAUACUUCCGGGCCAAGCUGGCUUCCUCCCUCCCCUUAAGUAUUGAAUGUACUUUGUAUAAUUUUAGUGAAAUUGUUAUUAAAGAGAAAAUUUUUACAAUCCUAACUGGCUUCUUCCAAAUAACUAGCUGCAGACCCUGAAAGGAGCGUGUCCCCAGUGCAUACUUUGUGUCAUUGCCUGCACUUACUUCCUGCUGUUUUUUUAUACUGUGACUGUGUUCUAGUUGUUAUACUCAGGGUAAUAAAGGAGUUUCCAAUGUC